UAUUGUAUUGUUGAUAUAUUACUAUUAUUUUUGUUUUUAAGAUGAAUUUAUAUUAAAAAAAAGAACUUGCAAGUGAUAUAUAUUUUUUAAUUUUAGUAUUUUUAUUUGUUCUUAAUUUAAUUGCAGGCGUGUCCGAAAAAACUGUGACCAGGAUAACAAAAGAAGGCAUAACAGCAACGAGUACUUCAAAAAAAAUUGUCACACCAGGGAAAAGUCGUCCGCAUCCCAAAAAGUUCGACUUGGAUGGGUUUGAUCUGUGCGCCAUACGGGAAAAAAUUCACAGUUUUUAUAUUGUGAGGAAGGAGUUACCGACAUUGGUUAAGCUACGUGCCGCAUUGAGAAAAGAUAUAAAUUUUCAGGGAAGCAUCACAACAUUGCAUAGAAUAUUAAAUAAUAUUGGUUUCAAGUAUAAGCGAUGCCAAUCCAAACGUAAAAUUCUUAUGGAACGCCAUGACAUAAUCGCACGGCGUGCAAGAUAUUUGGAAAAAAUCCGAAGAAAUCGCACUGUGGAAAAAAGGCCAAUCGUAUAUUUAGAUGAGACCUAUAUACAUAAUACAUAUCAUGCAAAAAGUUGUUGGCAAAGUGAGAAGGAGCCGGGACUGAUGGUCUCAGAAUCUGUAGGGAGUCGCUGGAUAAUUGCUCAUGCAGGGACAGAGAAUGGUUUCAUAAAUGGUGCAUUGUUGAUGUUCAAAUCCCAGUCCAAGUCUUCAGAUUAUCACGAUGACAUGAACUCUACAAAUUUCCUUAAAUGGCUGAAGGAAAAACUGAUUCCUAACCUACGUGAAAGGUCUCUUGUGGUAAUGGACAACGCUUCUUAUCACUGUACACAAAUAAACAAAGCGCCUACAAUGUCGAGCAUCAAAAGUAAGUUGCAAGAGUGGCUGCGAGAAAAGGGUAUCUAUUUUGAAAACACAUGGACAAAAGCUGUUUUGUUUGAUCUCGUCAAACAAAAUAAAGGUCCACCGACAUAUGCUGUGGAUGAAUUAUUAAAAGCUCACAACCAUGAGGUUUUGAAAUUGCCGCCUUAUCACUGCGAACUCAACCCGAUUGAAAAAAUCUGGAGCCUUGUGAAAAGAAAGGUAGCGGAUAAAAACGUGUCCCAAGACCCAAAAAACAUAACGAUUAUAACGGAAGAUGCUUUUAAGAGUAUCUCAGCAGAAGAUUGGGCUGCUCAAUGCAAACACGUAGAGCAUUUGGAAUAG